GAGCGCAACACGCCUCGCUCCAGAGCCGACACUAUAGUGGCAUUAGUGAGUGCCCAGGAUAACGAGCGGACAUAUAUAUACACACACGCACGUGCACACACGUACACACCCACACACACACAUACACAAACGCAUAUAUACAAACACCAUCCAGAGAGAAAUCUAGAUGGAAUUAUGAGAAUGGAAUACUACUGGUUUCUGUUUCUUGUCGAGUUGCAUUUUCUCUUCCGACCAGGCAGUACCAGGCCCGUAAUUACACCAGACGGAUCCCAGCUCGCGGUGCAGCUGGAUGGCCAAUUCGUCCUUCGUUGCCAUGGUGACGCACCAGUGCGUUGGAUACGGGAGGAUCGUCCAACCCGAGCAAUAAAGGAGGAGAAGAGGGAACACCACCUGUCAACCAUCAGUGUGACCAAAGCGACUGCACUGAACCGGGGCAAAUACGUUUGUGUGGAGUCCACAGGAAAGAAUAGCUCCAUUUAUGUGUAUGUCACAGCCUUCCUCUUAGCAGAUCCUGACAACGUCUUCAGGAGGUCCAUCAUCUACGACAUCAUGGCCGGGGCAGGAGACACUGCCUCAAUCCCCUGCCUACCCACCGACCCCAGAAUGGUCGACCUGCAUCUUGAGACAUGUGACGGACAACCACUGCCAUUCGGGAUGAGGUACAGCGCUAGCAUUGAGACAGGCAUUUCCUUGAUGGACAUCCAGCCCAACUACAAGGGAUGCUAUAUCUGCGUGGGAAUUCUGGGAGAGACGAUGGCCAGAUCUACGGAAUAUAAGCUUAAUGUGCGACUGGUUCCAGAUACACCGCCCCGUAUUUCACUUCAAGAGCAUAACAGAGUGUUCCGUACCGAGGGCCAAAGGCUCACACUCACCUGCUCCACUUCUAACGUCAACAGUGACAUAAAGGUUAACUGGGUCCCGCCUGUUCAAGUGGAAGCAUCCGUGAAGCAAAACUCACAGCUUUUGACCGAGCCAGUCAUGCACAAACGCACAGCCAUCCUCCAGGUCGAAGCUGUGACGACCAAGGAUUCGGGAAGCUACCGCUGUGAGGCAGAGAACUCCAAAGGGAUUAGUAAUGAGGCAGUCUGGGUGGAUGUCUUCAGCAAAGGGUUUAUUAACCUGACUCAUGUAGACAACGGGACCUGGAGAGUGCGUGAAGGAGAGAGUCUGUCUCUGCGUGUGGAUAUGGAAGCCUACCCUAAACCACACGUCUUCUCCUGGAGCUACGAUCGCAAAAAUCUCACUAACACAACUGACCAUGUUAUCACCACGCACUCGCAAGCGCACAGUUAUCACAGUCAGUUAAAGCUGGUGCGUUUAAAAGUAUCAGAGAGCGGUGUCUACACUUUCCUGGCCUCCAAUGGUGACGCUAGUGUCCACCUGACAUUUGAAGUCCAUGUCCUAAGUAAACCAGCCAUUGUAUCUCAUGAAGGUCCAGUUGAUGGGCAGGUGCGCUGUGUGGCUGAAGGUUAUCCCCCACCUCGGAUCACAUGGUACUACUGCGACCAACCCCAUGCCAGGUGUUCUAAUUUGUUAAAUGCGACACAAGAGGAGGAGGACGUCGUCACUGUGACUAUGACUAACCCACCCUUUGGGAAGGGAGCGGUGGAGAGCCGCUUAAACAUCACCAAGAACAAUUACCCCACCCUGGAGUGUGUGGCUUCAGCCGAAGGCGAGAUUGUCUACACGUUGUUUUCCAUCAGCGAACGUUCUGUUCCUCAUGAGCUUUUCACUCCAUUGCUGAUUGGCUUCAUUGCUGCAGCAGCCAUCCUUUGCCUCAUCCUGUUUGUUCUCGCUUACAAGUAUAUGCAGAAACCUAAAUAUCAAAUCCAGUGGAAAGUCAUUGAGGGAAUCCACGGCAACAACUACGUCUAUAUAGACCCGACCCAGCUUCCGUACGACCACCAGUGGGAGUUUCCACGGGACAGGCUGCGAUUCGGCAAAACUCUCGGCUCAGGAGCAUUUGGGAAGGUAGUGGAAGCCACAGCAUAUGGAAUGUCCAAGGCUGAUACAGUGAUGACUGUAGCAGUCAAAAUGCUCAAACCGAGCGCUCAUGCCACUGAGAAAGAGGCUCUGAUGUCAGAACUGAAGGUGCUCAGUUACCUUGGCAACCACAUAAACAUCGUCAACUUAUUGGGCGCUUGCACUGUCGGAGGUCCGACUCUGGUGAUAACUGAGUACUGCUGUUUCGGCGACCUGCUGAACUUCCUGCGCCGAAAGCGUGAUUGCUUCUGCUGCUCCAGACCGGGAGAUGACUCUUACUAUAGAAAUGUCUUGUUACAUCCAGAUUCAGGUGAAGGUAGAAACGGCUAUAUGACCAUGAGGCCUUUGGCUUUGGGAGUUCAGUCCACUGAGAAGCGUUCACUACCUAAAAGUGCUGGCUCUUACACUGACUGUGACGUGUUCACUGAGAUUCUGCAAGAGGACAGUUUGGCUUUGGACACUGAAGACCUGCUCAGCUUCUCUUACCAAGUGGCAAAGGGCAUGGACUUCCUGGCAUCCAAAAAUUGUAUUCACAGAGACCUGGCAGCCAGAAACAUCCUCCUCACACAAGGUAGAGUGGCCAAGAUCUGCGACUUUGGACUUGCCCGUGACAUCACUACCGAUUCCAACUACGUGGUUAAGGGAAAUGCUCGUCUACCGGUGAAGUGGAUGUCUCCUGAGAGUAUCUUUGAGUGUGUGUACACGUUCGAAAGCGAUGUCUGGUCUUAUGGCAUCUUGCUGUGGGAGAUCUUCUCCCUUGGGAGCAGUCCUUACCCAGGUGUGCCUGUAGACUCCAAAUUCUACAAGAUGAUCAAGGAAGGAUACCGAAUGGAUUCACCUGAGUUUGCUCCAAGUGAAAUGUAUGAAAUCAUGCAGUCGUGUUGGGAUGCAGACCCGUCCAGGAGACCCUCAUUUGGCAAGAUAGUGGAGAAGGUUGAACAACAAAUCUCAGACAGCACCAAACACAUCUAUCUGAACUUCAGCUCCAGGUUGCCUGUAGUCACAAGUCUCCGCGAGGAACCCUUUUCUCAAUCCUCACGCCGUAAUUCAGGAAGCGGUCACAGCACUCCCACUCUGCCUCUCCUGUCCAGCGAUGAUGUUUUUUUGGAGGAAGCAGCUCCCAGGCAGCCGCGGGCAUAGAAAUAAAUUAAUGAAUUUUCUAAAAAAUGCUCUACAAAGACUAUAAGCCUUUCAGACAAGCCCAGGCUGAGUGAAACCCUGGAACAGUCAUUAUGGCAAAAAAAGACGGCACAUCAUCUUCCCAUUCUCUUCCCCUUACUGAUAUCACAGGGGAUGAUGCACAGAGUACUCUCACUCUUUCCCCAUUGCUUCAGGGUCACGUGACAUGGGAUGUUGAAUAUGGGAGUUUGAGGGAGAGUUUUAUUUUAUCAUGUUUGCUGAUAUUCCAGUAACACCUUACCUUCAUUGAUGCACAACAGGCCUAACCUGGUCCUUUUGUGGUACGAUUUUUAACUCUGCGUAGGUACUGGGGAACAAUAUUGACCAGGCUUUAUUUUCGUGAUUAUAGCAUAUACACAUUAAAAAAUUUUCAUAUGUAUUUUCAUGACCACGUGGCGAAGAGGAGCGCAAAUGUGUAACAAAAAAAGUUGUGUCGUUUUUUGUUUUUUGGGGUUUUGUUUAAGGCCAACAGUCCAAAAUUCACACUCAUUGAUGGGAUAAAUAUAUAUAUAUAUUUAAACCAGGAUAACAUGUGUUGAUGUCAGGGGCAAAUAGUAAAGACAGGGUUGUGAGAACAAUGAACAUAUAUUUUUACACCAGAAUAGAUUCCCACUGGAGCUGGUUUUGACUUCCAGUUUUGUCCCAUUUAACCCAUGUUCAUUUAUGAUCAUGAAAACAGAAACAGUGCAUAAGCGUGAAGGAAUUGUCUUGCACCCAACCAAUUAUACCUAGCUUUAACCAGACAUUUGCGCUGAAAAAAAAAAUAGAGCCUUUGGUCAAUACAAACGGUCAUAAAAGCACUUUGAAUUAUGAAAUAAGAAUCAAUCACUAUCUUGGAUGUAGAUUCUCUUUGUUUUCUUAGCAGUUUAGACAUGUAUGCCCUGGAGAGUCUUUCUUGGUGUUGUGUGAUGGGUUUAGACAGCGUCAGGAGGGUUUAGUACAGAUACACUGCCUCAGUAUUAUUCAGUUUUCAGACAGAGUUCAGCAUACACACCGUACUUUGCUUAUAUUUAAAUGACAGCUUGAUAACUAGGUGAAGUGCAUGUUAUUUUCUUCUGGUCUCCACAUUUCUGGUAGCUGAAAUGAGUACAGGAUCACGACAGCUGCAUUCAGACUCCUUUAUGUUUCUUAUUUAGUAGAUUUUGUUUCUGCUUUUCCUGUUGUUACAGUUUAAAGACGUCUCAUAAGACUGUUAAUUUCGUAUUUUUCAGGGAUCGAUUUACGUAGCAUCUCAAAGUGCAAACGAUGAGCUUUCUGGGCUGAAUCAUAUUUCAGCUUCGAAGAUCAGUAUUAAGGUUGGUUAUGUGUAUGCUUGUUAUGUGAAGGAUUUUGUCUAGUACUGUGUGAAAACCAUCAGGCUUCCCAAAAUGCAGGAUAGUAGGUGAACCGGCAAAGCUGGUUUAAAAAUAAAAGACUUGAUUUCAAGAGAACAAUUCACCUUCUGCUGUCGUCUUUACACGGACACGGUUGAAUAGUACCAAAUUUAUUGAAAGAGCAAGUGCUUUUAAUCGGUGAAUCUUUCACAUCUCACAUGUACAUUCGUCCGAGGUUUAGGUGCUACUGCCUAGACUUAGGAUCAGUUGAAGAGCUCAGUAGCAUUUGAAACGUUGCAUACUUUGUGAGGAACAGAGGAACGUCUCAAGAGACUCCUGGGGAAGCGUUUCAUAAUGUUGACAUGGAGUACAAGUAACAGGUUUUUUGUAGAUAUGUACAUUUUUAUUGAAGCUUGUUCAUAUAAAGAUAUUUACUGUAUAUUAUCCUUUCUGUUUCACGUGUUUAGUUUUUGUUUCGUUUUGCUUUCUUUUUGUCAUUAUAUACAGUAUAUGGAAAAUAUGUGUUUCAGAGAAUAUUCACUCAAGCUUAGGACGUUAGAGUUAUGGCUAAGGAGAGAUGCAUCAGAAACGUCAUUCUUUUACGUCAUUCGUAAACACCAACACUCUCUGUAAAAAAAAAGAAAAAAGAAAAAAACACUGACUAUCGUGCCUCACAGGAAACACUUAGAUUUGGUAUUCUGCUCUUUUGCUGUUGAGGAAAGAGCCAAUAGAAAGCUACUGCUCUUCUGGGUGCCAAUGGGUGCAUGCUCUCCAUAGGAACAGCCAAUGGGCGAAAUCUCAGUCGAUCCGCCAGCGUUGGGAUAGCUGCUCUGAGGGAGAGCCAAUGAGAGCGUUCUUAUUCCUGCCAAUUGGGGAAAAAAGAGCAGCCGUGCAUUAGAGACAGAGACAGAGAGUUCAUCGGAAUCCUAAGACUAUGAGUGAUUCAGAUCAUGCCAGGUAGACCAAGUCGAAACAUCUGUAGUCAGGCACCCGUCAGUAGCUGAUUUCCCAGCUCUCUUUCUCUUCUUUGUGUCCAGCUGCUUCCUCCAGCGGAAGUGUCACUUCCAGGGCACUUGAGUUGGGGAGAUCCCAGCCGCUCUCUAUCCCACCUCCACCGCUUCCCUCUCACCCUCUUCCCACACUGCGACAUUGUUCUGAGGGGCAUCUGUCUGCACUUUGUAUGAGUGUGUGUGUGUGUGUGCGUGUGUUCCUUGUAGCAUAAUGCAGGUCAUUUUGCUGGUAAGACACCAGAGAAUUGAUGAGCUAUCAUUUAUACAGCUUGUCACAUGUAAUACACUGUAAACCAUAAACUGGCUCCCGGCUGCCGUGUUUGUGGACAUGAUACCACUCCUGUGCUUUUGCUUGCUCUAUAGUACUAUGUGUAAAUUAUGUGAUGUCACUAUUUUUAGGGCAAUGUGGUACGAUCGUGCUAAUGCUGUAAACAUUUAAGUGCAAAUCUUUUUUUUGUGUGUGUGUGUGUGUGUGGUUUUCAUACUAUUUAAUAUUUCCUUUACAUAUCCAUUGCAUACAUGUUACUCUACUAGUUCCACCCAUUGACUGUGUGUAUGCAUUAAGGUCCUUCAAUAACAGGUGGCUUAGUUGCCUGUAGCAAAUGUGCAGCUUCAUUCACAUUUGGUACACCUUAUAUACAGUAUAUCAAACAUCUAAUCACGUGUAAACCGAUGUACCACGUCAUGAUAUGGUAAUAACUAUAUGAUAAUGCAUGGAUGAUGUAAGUAGGUCUGAUUUUGGACAGGUUUUAUGUUUUUGUUUUGUUUUUUUUUUUGUCCCUUGAAGAGAAGGUUUGUUCUGUGCAUUUCGUCGUUGUAUAUUUAUUUUAAAGUUUUUAUUUUGCAAAUGUUUUAUUGUGUAAGACCUGUCAUGUCUUGUUAUUAUACACUGUAAAUAAACCAUUGAAACAUAAAUGAUUUAGCUUGG